AUGUCUGCUCCAGCAGCAAAUCCUGUCGUAGCGCCGGAUCAUGUUCACGCGCUGCUCAACCGUCUUCACCAAGAGUCACUUACACAGGAAGAAGCUCUUCCGUCAACAUAUUUAAGCUCUCCAGAUGGGUUCGAUGAUUUGAUGCGAGACAAGUUCAUCGCACUGGACCAAGACAAAUGCCAUUUCGUCUAUCAGCUAGCCAGAGCCACCGGGGCUCGCAAUAUCGUCGAGGUCGGCACCAGCUUCGGUGUGAGCACUAUAUAUCUUGCGUUGGCCGUCGGCAGCAACCUCAAACAUCUCGGUGGUGGUGGUAUGGUUAUUGCCACGGAAAAGGAGCAUGAAAAGGCUGAAAAUGCUCGUCUUCACUGGAGGGAAGCCGGUAUCGAUCUCGUGAUGCGGCAUAUCGAUCUCAGAGAAGGCGAUCUCCUUGAGACAUUAAGAGACAACAUACCCCAAGUUGAUCUAGUUCUUCUGGACAUCUGGGCCCCUAUUGCUCUACCUGCCCUGAAACUUCUGGAGCCGAAGCUAAGGCCCGGAGCCGUCGUCAUCAUUGACAACUCCAUUGCUUCCGCCUCUCGAUACAAGGAUCUCCUGAGCCACUUGAGGUCGCCGACAAGCGGCUAUACUAACUUGACCCUUCCAUAUUCCAAGGGAUUAGAGAUGUGUGUCAAGAUCCGAUGA